UAGUAAUACAAACACAACUGAAUUACAUGAGAAGAGAAGGAUUACCGGUGCAACUCUAACUUCCAACCUGCUCCACUCCCAAUAAAGUGAAAUUUUAGAGAAGUUUCCGAGGCAUUGGAGAAAGUGAGUGAUGGCGUCUUCAUUUGCCACACAGGUGCCGCUGCCAUUUCCACACCACAAGUUUAGCCGCAGUAAAGCCUUGCUAUCCGGCCGUGGAAUAGGCGUCCAGCUGCCGAAGAGAUGCUACAGCCAUCAGAGAGCGGCGAAGCCCGGGUACAGGCCGCUGAGGGCGGAAAGCCUACGAUUGGAGUGCCCCGCCAUUGGAAAGCAAUUCGCCCCCGAGGAAAUCUCUGCUCAGGUUUUGAGGAAACUUGUUGAUGAUGCGUCAAAGUUUUUAAGUGAUAAGGUCACUAAAGCAGUCAUUACAGUGCCAGCAUACUUCAAUGACUCUCAGAGAACUGCAACAAAAGAUGCUGGCCGAAUUGCUGGGGUAGAAGUUUUGCGUAUCAUCAACGAGCCUACUGCUGCUUCAUUAGCAUAUGGAUUCGAAAAGAAAAACAAUGAAACUAUUCUCGUUUUCGAUCUUGGUGGUGGUACCUUUGACGUUUCAGUUCUUGAGGUUGGUGAUGGAGUAUUUGAGGUGCUUUCUACCUCAGGCGAUACACAUUUAGGUGGAGAUGACUUUGACAAGAGGAUUGUGGAUUGGCUAGCUGAUGACUUCAAUAAACAAGAAGGAAUAGAUCUUCUGAGAGAUAAACAAGCAUUGCAACGCCUCACCGAAACUGCCGAGAAGGCGAAGAUAGAACUGUCUUUACUGACUCAAACAAAUAUCAGGCACAUUAUUCUUCCCACCUUCCCAAGAAACACAGUCACAUUAACGACAAUGAAAUUUCUCUUCAUUUCUAAUUGUCAGGCGGUUAUUGAUACCACACUUACACGGGCCAAGUUUGAAGAAUUAUGUUCAGAUUUAUUAGAUAGGAUUGAUGUGGUUUGAACUAUUAUCAUUCUAGUAAAGGUUAAAAUUGUUU